AUGUACUGGUCGCCUCUAUCGAAAACCAUGUUGUUUCUCCAAGUUCCUUGUGUGACAUUAAAGGAUCGUCUUCUCAUUGGGAUCUUGGCAGUCUUUUCCCAAAGACAGAGCGCAAAGAAAUGCACUCGUGCAGACUCACUUCCGCGUGUAUAUACAGAAGAAAUAUGCUUCCCAUGUGACCGCAAAGAACCGCGAUAA